AUGGCUCCUCCUACCUAUACCCGUCUUGACAAGGACAACUGUGUCUUUCUGUUUAUCGACCACCAGUCGGGUCUGAUUCAGCUGGUCCGCGAUUUCGAACCGAGCGAGUUCCGGAACAACGUGUUGGCUCUUGUCAGGGUCGCUAAAUACUAUGGGGCGCCGUCCGUUCUGACCACCUCCUUUGAGACGGGACCCAAUGGGCCUAUUGCCAAGGAAAUCGUUGACGAACUUCCUAAUGCUCCCCUCAUUCGGCGCCCUGGACAAAUCAACGCGAUGGACAACGAAGAUUUUGUGCAAGCCAUCAAGGCGACUGGAAAGAAGCAGGUUGUCAUUAGCGGUGUUUUAACCGAAAUCUGUGCGACCUUUCCCGCUCUUAGCCUGGUCGAACAGGGAUAUGAUGUGUUCCUGGUGACCGAUGCGAGUGGAACCUUUGCGGAACACACGCGGGAAGCAUCCCAUAAGCGUCUUGCUCAGCAUGGUGUGCAGCUCCUCAAUUGGGCCGCUGUCGCUGCGGAGUUGCACCGCGACUGGCGUCGGGAUAUCAGUGGAUUUGGUGCGAUCUGGCGCGACCAUGUUCCUGGAUAUUGGUGUUUGAUGCAGAGUUACGAAUCUGCCGGUCAGAAUGCUCAGAAGUAA